CUACCGCCGCCCGUUCCGCCCGUCCCCGCCCGGCAGGACCACUUCGCGUCGGUGUGUCGCUGCCACGAGUUCCUGAAGCUCUCACACAGGGGAGUCCACCGGCUGCUCGCCAGCGACGAGCUCAACGUGAGCGGCGAGCCGCGGGUUCUCGACGCCCUGCUCGCCUGGGUGCGUCACGACCCGGCCGGGCGGCGCGCGGCCCUGCCCGGCCUGCUCGCUCACGUGCGGCUGCCCCUGCUGCCCCCGCAGCUCCUGGCCGACCUGGAGUUGAAUCCGCUCUUCCGCGAGGACAUCGAUUGCCAGCGGCUGCUUUUGGAGGCCAUGGCGUGCCACCUGCUGCCUGAGAGCCGCGCCCUCCUGCAUAGCCCCCGUCUCAGACCACGCAAGUCCACGGUGGGACUCCUGUACGCCGUGGGGGGAGUGGAUGCCGUCGAAGGCGAGGCCACGGUGGAGCGGUUCGAUGUUCGGCGCGGGCGCUGGGCGACCGUGGGCGCGAUGAGCGGCCGCCGCCUGCAGUUCGGCGUGGCGCUGGUGGAGGGCGCCCUGCUGGUGGUGGGUGGGCGUCACGGCCUCAAGACCCUCAACUCGGCCCAGGCGCUCUGCCUGAGCACGGGGGCCUGGACCCAGCUGCCGCCCAUGGCCACGCACCGGCACGGCCUGGGGGUGGCGGUUCUGGGGGGCCCUCUGUACGCGGUGGGGGGCCACGACGGCUGGAGCUACCUGAGUUCGGUGGAGCGCUGGGACCCCCAGACGGGGCGCUGGAGCUUCGUGGCCCCGCUGGGGAGUGCACGCAGCACCGCGGGGGUCGCCGUGCUGCACGGGAAGCUGUUCGCUGUGGGCGGGCGAGACGGCGCCUCGUGCCUGCGCUCGGUCGAGAGCUACGACCCCCACGCCGACCGCUGGAGCCCCCGGGCCCCGCUGAGCGUGGACCGUGGCGGGCCCGGAGUGGCCGCGUGCCACGGCCGCCUCUACGCCGUGGGGGGCCACAACAGCCCCACGGCCAGCCACGGGGCACGCAUCCUCGACUGUGUCGAGAGGUACGACCCCCAGACGGACUCGUGGAGCCGCGUGUCCCCGCUGGGCGUGCCGCGUGACGCCGUGGGCGCCUGCGUGCUGGGGCACCGCCUCUACGCCGUGGGCGGACACGACGGAGCCUCGGCGGUGCGCCGCGUGCAGGCCUACGAGGCCCUGGCGGACACCUGGGUCGAGGUGCCUUCCAUGUGUUCACCACGAGCCGGGGCCUGUGUGGUCGUGGUGAAGUCCACGUGAAGAGGCAGACCAACUCACCACCCCUCCUCACCACCCCUCCUCACCACCACUCCUCACCACCUCC